ACCUCGUUCUAUUCAAGCCAGCCAACUAAACUACAGAUAAUAAUCUUCCCCAUGGAGUCUUCAUCUUCUUCAAGACCCUCCAAAGAAAGAAACAUCUCAUUCUCAACAAUGCAAACAAGCAACAGAAUGUCCGAACGAAACCCUGACAACGAACCCGCUACCCCUAUCUCGCUUACACCAGACAAUCCAACACCAGCCCCAACACCCUCCGACCUCGAGGAAUCUUUGACGAAUGAUCCAAUUUCCCAUCAGGACCACUCCAACAAUGAAACAGCGCAAAAUCUUGAAUCGGCAGUCCGACGCUCGGGACCAAGCAGGAGCGCAAGUCGAGGACGGAGAAGAGGUCGAGUAGCUCGAGUUACCUUUCCGAGGGGAAGGCGGGCCAGAGUAGCUGCUGCUACGACAGAAAAUAUCGAGGCCGCAAGUACCGAGCCAGGUCCACACAUUGAAAGGGGCAAUAAUGCAUCAGGAAAUGCCAUCCAUGAACCUUUUCUCAAUGUGGGAAACACUGACCCAAUUAACGCCUUCAGAAGAAACUUCAACGGAGGUCUGCUUCCAACAGCGACGCACGCAGAAGUGGUCAGCUUCCUAUCCCAAGUCUCAGGUGUGCAUCCAGCAGUGGCGCACGGAGAACUUAUCCAUUUCCUCUCCCACCUCUCAGGAUGGAAUUUGCCACCUGGGUUCAACAUGAUCGGCCAAGAAGAAAUGGCUGGUACGAGAUGGAACCCUGAAGAAGAUAGUGCUGUUGUUUGGGAGACUGAUAGCGAUGAGUCUGGUGGGAGUGCAAAUGAGGAUCAGUCUAGCGAUGAGGAUGGUAGCACUUCAGGUGAGGAGAGGGCUGAGAGUCAAGACGAGGAAGCGGACUACAUAACCAACCAGAUCGCGCGAUUGAGACGUGGUCCCCCGAGACGUGAUCCUGGAUCUUUGGAAGAGUCGGAUCGCUCGUUUACUGGUAGCGAGGAUCGCGAGUUCAUCGAUGAACGAGCUAGAGCAGAAGAGAGGAUCGACAGAUUGGAGUCGGCCAUUCCGCAACUUGAAAGUACGCCUAGACCACAAAGCUCAGCAGGAGCAACGACAGGAAGUACAGCCGCUACUGAUGAUGCUGUUAUGCCCAUUACAGGGAAUAUCAUACAUCCCAGAGGUCAAGAGCAGUUGAUGAGAGAGAUGGUUGCCGAUAUACAACGAUAUGAUAGGCAGCGCGAGAGCGAGCUUGAACGCGAAUAUGGGUAUAGCAGAUGGUCGCCUGAAAGCUCGCCGGAGAGGUAUACGCUGAGAUCUUCCAGCGUUGCGAUCCGACAAGCUGUGAGAAGUAUGGCGCCUCGUGGCCGGUGGGAUUUGGGAGGAGACGAGGGGGACCUCGGGGCUGUUGCUACCUUAGCAAGUCUGCCUGUACUAGAGGGAUCAACAGUCAACGAGAGACAGCGCCAGCAGCGAAUCCGGAAUGUCAGAGCUGGCUUGGCGGAGGGUUUCGGGAAUGGCGAGCAAGCGGACUCGAGACAGCCUCUUCAGAGGCUCGCAAUGGAUCAACCGGAUCCUUCAGAUGAGUUUCUGAGGAUGUUGAUUGCGAGUCAUCCACCAUACAGCUACGAGAUGGAAGCACAUGAUGAAGAUACCAUGUUGACAGAAACGCAAAGGGCGUUCAGAUACGGGUUUGCAGACCCGAGUAUCCCGAUGACUCAACAGCAAGAAGAUGAUUUCCAAGAUCUUCGUUUCGAUUUGCGGACGAGGCUAGAGAGUGUAGCUCUUGGCAUGGAGAUUGUUGUAAGGAUGUUGGACGCCGUGAUACUGGACGGUAUGGAUCGCCGAGACGCGAGUCACAUCUUACUUCAAUGGUCGCUGUACAUGUCUGGACUACACGCAGCACAGCUGUAUCAUAAUCUUCCAUACAUGCUUCCACCUCCAGUUUUGGCAUUGUGGACUGCAGUGCGCCGGGGAUGGGGAUCCUGGAGCCCAGACGCUUCAUUUUUAGAGGAAGUUAAGGACAUCUUGCAGGGAUAUACGGUCUUCGACUAUAGGAUUGACGUUGACCCCACCAGCUUGGAAAGAAAUGGACUGCUCUCCAAUGUAAGGUUAAGCGCAUUGCCACCAGAGGAGAAAGCCUUCUUCGAGGAGUUGAUCGAGCAGCGCUCAAACAAGCUCGUGUCCGUUGCAAUAGUAUUUCGAGAUUGGGCCAUGUUCGCGCCGACAAUUGAUGAUACAAUGAGACUGGAGUCAGAGCAACACUUCUCGAGAAAUCAACUCCGUAUGGAUCGCCUGGCUAGACUGGUAAGGGAAGAACGAGCGAUAAAUGCGGAUGGCAUUGACCUGAAACAUUACGUGACUUCUCGAGAAGAAAUAUCACCGGGGGGACAACUUGUAAUGCAAGUUCGGUCGCAAAUUCGAUGGUCUCAUCGCCCAGUAUGGCAAGAACAAGAUCCCGGAUCAGCAUUUCUCAAGUUUCUAUGCUACGAAGAACUGGAUAGUUUCGUAGAAACUGGUUCCCGUUUCGAUGAAAGACGCUGGGACAUUGUCAACCCUGAAUACAGGUGCACAGUAGCGACCAAAGCGCCGAGCGACCAAGACGAAGCCCAAAGUAUUGGUGCGGGUCUUCCUGUGCCAGAAAGAGCACUCCUUGCGACCAUGAUCCGAGUGGCUGCGCAUGAUGGUAUGGAGAUUCGUGAGCGAGUUGGUUUCUUAUCGGUAUGGACAGACUUUGAGGAGCAGAUUCCGGCCCUCUUGCAGACCUACCCAGCCAUCCAAACGUUUCUCAGCCUUCCUGUUGUAAACUUCUGGGUGGCUCUUCGUCGGGGUUGGGGCGCAUGGAGACCUAGCGACAGCAUGCUGGCCUCCAUGCGCGGAUUCUUGAAUCAUAUUACGGGUGUGGAUCAUGCUCCUCCUACUCCAAGACGAGCAGGGCAGAUAUCAACGAUAUCGGAACUUGUUGAACAGACCAUACUACCCAAUGAGGAAAAAGAGAGAUUCCUGCUUCUCGAAUCGAUAAUUCCUUUGGUCAGAAUCCAUCGGCUUUUUGAGAAUUGGGCAGCCUAUGAGGUUACCGUAGAUGAUACGAGGCUUCCCUCUGAAGAGCACUUCUCAAGAGCCGAGCUUCGGCUAGACAGGCUGGAAAGGAUCAUUAGGGAGGAACGAAUUAUCAAUGACCAUCGGUCAAUUCGAGGUGCACGGCAAGGAGACAGUGAUAGAGUGUAUUUGUUUUCCCGAACAUGA